GAGCAACGGAAAGUAGAGAACAACUUUAAUUAAAAAAAAGUAAUAGCCCCAUUGUUAUAAUCUUUAUACAUUGCUGUGGACUGCCAGAGAAAAAAAGUUAAUUUUUCACCUGAUUCGCCAUAUUAUUCGAAGUCGUGAUGCAUCCAGCGUUCGAAAAUGCCGGUACCAGCAAGGGUCUGGAGGUGUGGAGAAUUGAGAACUUUGAACCCGUUCCAGUGCCGAAAAAUUCCCAUGGCAAAUUUCAUACCGGUGAUUCGUACAUUGUGUUAAAUACCAAUCAGAGCAAAGGUGGAAUAUUCUCGUGGGACAUCCACUUUUGGUUGGGACUGGAAACCACACAGGACGAGGCAGGUUCGGCGGCGAUCUUGAGCGUUCAGCUGGACGAUCGCCACAAUGGAGCCCCGGUGCAGCACCGCGAAGUUCAGGACCACGAGUCUAGUCUGUUUCUGAGCUACUUCCCGGGAGGGGUUCGCUACGCUGCGGGUGGCAUAAAGAGCGGCUUCAACGAGGUUGAAACAAAUGCUGCCGGCGAGCAACGGCUCUUCCAGGUCAAGGGCUCGAAAAAUGUGCGCGUACGGCAGGUACCGCUCGGCAUCGCUUCCAUGAACAAGGGUGAUUGUUUCAUUUUGGAUGGAGGGUACGAAAUCUACGUGUACGUCGGACCGAGCGCCAAGCGGGUGGAGAAGAUCAAGGCAAUUAGCGCUGCCUCGCAAAUUCGAGACCAAGAUCAUGCGGGUCGCGCCAAUUUGCAUAUUCUGGAUGAAUUCGCCAGUUCGUCAGAGCAACAAGAAUUCUUCGACGUACUUGGUGAGGGAUCUUCCGACGAAGUCCCAGACCAAUCGGAAUGCGACGAUGAGUUCGAGCAAACCGAUUGCAAAUCGGUUACCUUGUACAAGGUUUCCGACGCCGGUGGCAGCCUGAGCAUUGAUCCUAUCGGAGAACGCCCUCUGAAGCAGAACAUGCUGGAUUCGGAUCAGGAUUGCUUCAUUCUGGAUACGGGAGCAUCCGGAAUCUUCGUAUGGGUCGGUAAGGGUGCCACCACUCAGGAGCGAGCGCAGUCAAUGAUCAAGGCACAGGAGUUCAUUUCGACUAAGGGUUACCCGAUGUACACCCAGGUCCACCGGGUCAUUGAAAACGGCGAAACCACCGACUUCAAGCAGUACUUUACCAGAUGGCAGGACAAAGGAAUCAAUCAUAGUCAUCUGAUCAAGGCCGCCAUGGAUGACGACAGCUCCGUGGAAGGGGAAGAACGCGAGUUCGAUCCGGAGAUUCUGCACAUGUUCAAGAAGAAUGGUGGACGAGCUCUUGGAUUCAUGCCGGAUAACGGUCAAGGCGAUGCCGAAAUCUGGCGCGUUGAAAACUUCGAUCUGGUUCCCGUCGAACCACAUGCUUAUGGCAUGUUCUUCGGUGGGGAUUCUUAUGUAGUCAAGUACGAGUACCACAACAAACGAGGUGGUCAUGGAUACAUCAUCUACUUCUGGCUAGGUAACGAAUCAAGUACAGAUGAAAAGGCUUCAGCUGCCCUACACACCGUUCGUUUGGAUAAUGAACUGAAUGGCAAAGCUGUUCAGGUUCGUGUUACCCAAGGUAACGAGCCACGACACUUCCUGAAGAUCUUCAAGGGCAAAAUGAUCAACUUCACCGGUGGUCACGCUUCCGGUUUCAAGAACGUCCAUGACCACGACACAUACGACGUUGACGGAACUCGUCUCUUCCGAAUCCGUGGAACAAGUUCAGAUGACGUGCGUGCCGAACAGCUUCCGGAAACGGCUAGCUCUCUCGCUUCCGACGAUGUAUUCAUCCUGGAAACACCUUCCGCCACCUACGUAUGGCAUGGCGUUGGAGCUUCCGAUCUGGAAAAGGACAUGGCAGCCAACAUUGUCGGAAUCGUCUCACCGGAUGCGGCGCCGCAGGUGAUCGAUGAAGGUUCCGAACCAAAUGAAUUCUGGGCUGCUCUUGGCGGCCAGGGAGACUACGACCGGGAACUGGAUCCAACUGGAGUACCCUUCCUGAAUCCUCGCCUCUUCCACUGCAGAAUCCUGUUCAACAAACGACUCCGGGUCGAGGAAGUCCCACACUUCGAACAAGAUGACCUCAACGUAGACGACGUAAUGGUGCUGGACGGAGGCGACGAGAUCUACGUCUGGAUCGGUAACGGAGCCACCGAGGAGGAGCGUACCAAAUCGAUCGACAUGGCCAAACAGUACAUUCGGACCGAUCCUUCCGAGCGCAACGAAGAUACGGUUCCGAUCGUGGUUCUAAAGCAGGGCGAAGAACCACGCAGCUUCAAACGGCUGUUCCCUGCCUGGGACGAUGGCCACUGGGAGAACCCUGUCACCUCCUGUUUGUUCAGUUCUCGUGACAUUGAGAUGUUUCGAUUCCAGAACGUCUAUUAUUUGGUCACAGCCUUCGUACGAGAGCAUUCGCCAGCAGGUACUGGACCAAAAUCAACCACUUGAGUAAUGUACGAACCAAAUGUGUAUCUUUCAUACUGCGCACAAACAGCCAACGUAUUUAUGCCCAUGUAAUAUUUUGUGC